UGCAACAUGUUUAGUCAAGCCUAACCGGAAGUUCUGUAUUUGUGCCAUAAGUGAACCCUUUUUAAACUUAUUAAUGAGAAGUAUAUGUUGUUGUUAUUAUUUUUAAGUACGUACCUGUGUUGUUAGUCUAUUGUACGUUCGUUGCGUCCGCAACAUUGUCGUUUUAUUUUGUAAAGCAAUACCGCAUAAACAGGUUUAAUAACUUUAGCCUUGACACCGAGCGGUCAAACCGGAAACUAAACAACAAAGUGGAAUUUGAAGCAUCUUACGUGUCACUAAGCAGAGAGAGCAGCCGUGGACCGCAGCAACGUCAUUUCCAUAGUCUUCAUUGAUGAGCCCAGGUUGCCCCGGUAACGGUCGACAGAGACAGCGAGCAUGAAGGCUUUGAUUUUGGUCGGAGGUUACGGUACGCGCCUGCGACCGCUCACCCUGAGUGUCCCCAAGCCUCUGGUGGACUUCUGCAACAAGCCCAUCCUGCUCCACCAGGUGGAGGCGCUGGUGAAGGCCGGGGUUGACCACGUGGUCUUGGCGGUCAGCUACAUGUCCGAGCUGCUGGAGAGAGAGAUGAAGAUCCAGGAGCAGAGACUUGGCAUUCGUAUCUCUCUUUCACAUGAAACGGAGCCUCUUGGAACGGCGGGUCCGCUGGCGUUGGCUCGGGAGCUGUUGGAAGUCGACAAUGAGCCCUUCUUCGUCCUCAACUCGGACGUCAUCUGUGACUUUCCCUUCCAAGAUCUCCUGCAGUUCCACCGAAACCACGGCCGAGAGGGCACCAUUGUGGUGACGCGGGUGGAGGAGCCGUCUAAAUACGGCGUGGUGGUGUUUGAGGCGGACAGCGGCAAGAUCCAUCGCUUUGUGGAGAAGCCUCAGGUCUUUGUCUCCAACAAGAUCAACGCCGGCAUCUACAUUUUCAAUCCCAGCAUGCUCGGCAGAAUUCAGCUCAGGCCAACAUCCAUAGAAAAAGAGAUUUUUCCCGUCAUGGCUGAGGAGGGACACCUGUACGCCAUGGAGCUGCAGGGUUUCUGGAUGGACAUCGGUCAGCCCAAAGACUUCCUGACAGGAAUGUGCAUGUACCUGCAGUCGCUACGGCAACACGCCCCAGAGAGGCUGCGCACGGGGCCCGGGUUCCUCGGCAACGUUCUGGUGGACCCGACCGCUCAGAUCGGCGACAACUGCACCAUCGGGCCCAACGUGACCAUCGGCGCCGGCGUGGUGGUGGAAGACGGCGUGCGGAUAAAGCGCUGCACGGUGCUGAAGGCGGCCAGAGUCCGCUCGCAUUCCUGGCUGGAGAGCUGCAUCGUGGGCUGGAGCUCCUCCGUGGGCCAGUGGGUGAGUGGAGGUCGAGCCUCGGCGCGACCCGACGUCCCGUCCUCACGUCUCGCCGUGUGCCGCCAGGUCCGCAUGGAGAACGUGACCGUGUUGGGGGAGGACGUCAUCGUCCACGACGAGCUCUAUCUAAACGGCGCAAACGUUUUGCCGCACAAAUCCAUAAGCGAGUCGGUGCCGGAACCGCGGAUCAUCAUGUAGCGUCAUCGGGACGACCGUCUUCUCCUAUGAACAUCCUAACUAAUUCAGAAUGAGUCCAUGGUACCGAGGAGGAACCAGAGAAACCUUUAUUUUUUUUCCCCUUUUCGUUGUGGUUUUGAGCCGCACUUGCCUGUCUUCCAGGCUCAGAUCAUGUGACGGAGGCGUCAGGAAGGACCAUAGUUCAAUGUCUGAGCUGUGAACACCACUUUAAUACAAGAAGGCUCUUUACAGAGUAAAGGACCGCGCUUCAUUUAUGCACUGAACGGCGACUGAUUACUACCCUUUUUUUUUUUAGCUCCGUUGUAGGGUGAGCUGCCGUCAUUACUUGGUUUGGCCACUAGGGGGCAGCAGAGCAAUAUAGAAUAGAAUAGAAAGUACUUUAUUGGUCCCUGGGGGAAAUUCAGCACCACAGUUCGCUCACAAUAGACCAGGGGUGUCCAAACUUUUUCCACUGAGCGCCGCACACGUAAAAAUUAAAGCAUUUUGAUAUUUUUCAUUUUCAAACCAUAACAAAAUAUAUGGAUGUAUUUAUUUAUUUUACCUUUAGGGGUCCUGGGGGCCAUAAAGGGUGUCAGUCAUUAAAAUGUUAAAAAUAAGUGAAAUUAUUAUAAUUUUUUAAAUUAUUUAACACUUACAGUAAAUCUCUAUAAUAACUUCAAGUUGAUAUAAAGUAAUACAAAAUUUAAAAAAAUAAGGUUUUAUGUUGUUUUUUUUGUUUUUUUUAAUGAAUUUAUUAAUCAAUCAACAAAACAAUACACAACAAUACCACAAUAAUGCAAUCCAAUUCCAAAACCAAAGCCGUCCCAGCAAUGUUAAGAAUAACAACAAACAAAAAAGCAAUUGAGAGCAAUUGAGGACACACAAACAUGACACGGAACAAUACAAAUGUAGUGAAACAAAAAUGAAAAUUAUCGACAAGAGCAUCAAUAUUAGUAAUAAUUUCAAAAUAGCAGUGAUUAAAAAAAAACCUCAUUGAUAUUAUCAUUAAAAACAUUAAUAAAAAAUAAUUAAAAAAUUAGAACUGAACAAUAGUGUCUUAUGGCUUUUCUGUCAAAACUGAAACUGAAAUAUGCAGUAUUUAGUAAUUAGAGCCCUAAAAUAUCAAUAAUGCAGGACACCAUUGAUUUUAAUUCUUUAAUAUUUUUGAGUAAUCACAGUGAAAAGAUCAAUAAAAUACCACUAAAUAUAUUUGGGAUCCAAAAGGUGCCCCCACUCGUAAAGUGAUGCAUUUUUAUUAGGUUUUUCUUUUACUUUCAACACUUAAGUUAGGAGAUCAACUUCAGAUAUAUCUGUCCGUUUUACGUUUGAACUAUUAUUUUGUUUGUUUUAUGCGCUUUUGUCAAAGAAAACGUUGAUGUUUUUAUAUGGCAACUACGCAAUAUAUGCAAUAUUUACCACAUAAAACAUUUUAAAGUGAAAUAUUUGAAGUAAUUGGAGCCUUGAAAAUAAUUCAUUAUAACAUGGAUUUUUUUGUCAUUAUUAUUUUUUUUGAUCAAUGGCAAAAAAAGAAAAAGAAAACAGCCUGCAUGGCAGCUUUUGUGUCAACAUUGCAACUUUUUCUCGUUAGAUUUCACCUCAUUCCAUUUUUUUUAAUGCUCUUUUUUAUUUUUGCAAUAGCAUUUCCAGAAUGUGUAGCGGGCCCGUAAACAAUUAGCUGCGGGCCGCACUUUGGACACCCCUGCAAUAGACAAUAAAUGCUAUACAGCAUUAUUCACAUGUGAAUAAUAUAAAUAUAUAUAUAUUCUACAUUUAAGUGCAGUCAAAAAGGAACAUAUGCAUUAUACAGUCUGAUGGCUGUCGGUAUGAAGGACCUCCUGUGUCGUUCCGUGUUGCAUUUUGGGAGUCUGAGCCUUCCACUGAACGUGCUCAUUCUCUCCGCCAGGUCCGAGUGUAGUGGGUGGGAGCUUUGCUAGACUCCUCCUCUCUGACACCACCGCCAGAGAGUCUAGCUCCACUCCCACCACGUUACUGGCCUUCUUUACCAACUUGUCCAGCCUGUUUGCGUCCCUCGCUCUCAGUCCGCUGCCCCAGCAGGCCACGGCGUACACGAAGGCGCCCGUCAAGCAAAAGUCAAUGUUACCAAGAGAAAUGAUAAAAAACAAUAGUUCCUGGGUCCAACUGCCAUCAUAUUUUUUUAAUUCAGCCUUUUUUUGAACUAACUCAGUGGUUCUUAAACUUUUUUACCACCUCAGAAAAAAAACAUUCAUGUACAGUAGCAAAGUAAGCCUAAAUAUUCAUUAACAACAAGGCAGUGGGUUUUUUUUAACAAGCACCGUAAAUUCCGGACUACCGUAUUUUUUGGAGUAUAAGUCGCUCUGGCCGAAAAUGCAUAAUAAAGAAGGAAAAAAACAUAUAUAAGUCGCACUGGAGAAUAAGUCGCAUUUUUUGGGGAAAUGUAUUUGAUAAAAGCCAACACCAAGAAUAGACAUUUGAAAGGCAAUUUAAAAUAAAUAAAGAAUAGUGAACAACAGGCUGAAUAAGUGUAAAAAAAACCUACAGUAUAAUAUAUAACACAUUCCAAAAAAACUGCGACUUAUAGUCCGAAAAAUACGGUACUUAGUCCAUAAGUAACAAACGUGUACUUCAUGUUUAGUGACAUGCUAAUUCUUAAUUUUACACUUUUUUUCCCCCAAAUUCCAUUGUAUGUUAUACUCUUCUGACACCACCAGAUGGCAGUAUAAGUGUCCACAUAAGUGGCCAUAAGACCCCAAUUCAGUAGUGCACACAAUUUUGGGAAUAAGAGCUAAAAGGUGCUGUCCACGCAUGUGGCCACUAAGGCCUUUAGAGGUUUUUAAUAGUCUAGUCAUCUAGCACAGUGGUACCCAACCUUUUUGUAACUGCGGACCGGAGGGGGGGGGUGUAUGUUUUUUUCUUUGU